GCAGAAGUGAAAAAUUGAAUAUUAACGUUGUGCAUUUUUGAUAUUUUGGAAUGGUUAGGGAAUAAUUUUGCAAUUGCGAAUUGCUUUAAUUAUCAGUAUAAAAGUAAUAUCAUGUAUGUGGUACAAUACAAUAUUUGUUUAUUGCACUAUCGUACACAAACAUGACAAUUUAUAUUACAUUAAAAGAGUUUAUCUCUCAGAAUAAUCAUGAAUCACGUUUAAGCGCACUUAGCGACAUCUAUUGUAAAGAAAUCAACUUACAUGAAUUACAUUUAAGCGCACCUAGCGACAUCUACUGUAAAAAAAUGCAUUUUCUUCGCAAUAAAGCUGCCACGUGGACGUCCUACAUAGAGACUUAUUAUUAUAAUACGGUAAAAUAAAAAAAUGGAUGCGUGUAACUUAUGUACGCGCGUGAGAAGUUAUACUUCUUUAGCAUCAUUAAAAAUAUUUUUUAAUUGCAUGCAAAUAAUUAAUAAUUACAAUAAAAUAAUAAAAGGACUGGAAAAGAAUAGUUAACACAGUCAAUUAAGUUCAGUUUUAAUUUGAAAAAUUAAAUAAAUAUUCAAUUAAAAUCACUACUGAAUUUAAGUUAUUAGUCCAUAUGUAAUUAGCACUUGUAAGUAACUAAAACACGUUGUGUCUAUAUAGAAACUAGAAACAUGUGGAUAAAUAUUAUAAAUAUGAAAACAGUGAUCAGAGGCGACGAGCGUGCCAACAUUGUUUUUGACAACUCGAUCAUCUGAUGGAGCUCCGUGGACCGUUCAAAGUACCUUUCGAACAGAUGUCUAUUAGACACUAACAUUCAUAACGCGCCCGCGGCCAACUUCAUGGUGUUACUAUUGUGUUACAGUGAUGCGCGCGCAUCUCGAAAUUUCACUCACAUGAUUUUUUCAUAACGCGCCCGCGGCCAACUUCAUGCUGUUACUUUUGGGUUACAGUGAUGCGCGCGCAUCUAAAAAUUUCACUCUCAUCAUUUUUUCAUAACGCGCCUAAAGAAGUAUAACUCCAAUAUUACUAUGUUUCGUCCAAUAUAUUGAAAGUCAACAACCUUUCCAAUUUGAUUGUGUGUCAUGAUGCGAUCAGUCCAAGUGUUUAACCUGACGCGAGUUUAACAUUUUUUACCCAUAAAAAAAAGUGUACAACGCCGCUGAAGAAGUUUUCACUCCAAAAAUGACGAUGACGCUACUUUUCAUUUACAACGAGUUAAGGUCUAAAGAAAAGUUUACUAGAAAAAAAAAUCACGCGGACCAGGCAGCAGACGGGACUCGAACCCGCACCCUUCGCAAUCCGGGCGAAUGCACUGACCAUUAAGCUACCACGGCCCUAUUGGCCGCGUCGAAAUUUUCCUAGCCUUAACCUGCAAGGCAGCGCCAUCUCUUCGCAUUGUAGGUAACCCACAAUAACACAAAACAUAACGAGUUAAGGUUUUUUUUUUGAGAUAGAAAAAACUUUGAUCCUCGUUUCUGUAAAGUUACUAAAGUGACGUUUAAGCGAGUUUGCUUCUCCACUGUCGACAUGCUGUGUAUGAAUCAAGUUAAGAUUUCAUAAUAAUACUUAGUUUCAUUCAUGCUUCCUUGGUACAGUCGCACCCACUAUUGUUAAGAAAAGUUACGGAAUGUGUUCUCGCUCCUACAAUUCAAUUUACAGUGCUACCAAGAUUUUGUGGCGCGUGGCAGAAAACGGUACUAAUUUUAGGAAGGUAUAAACAAGCCUUUUAUUUAUAGAGGAAGGUGUAUAAGCCUUAUUUAUUUCCUGUUACUCUUUCCAAGUUAUAGUUGAUGUUGCAGGUCAUUAAAUAAUUAGUUAUAGGUAGCAAUGGUGUCGAACCGGGCAUGAUUCUCUAAAGCUAAACUUAAAUUUGACCAACAGUGUAUCUUUGUCAUCCUCUAUACUGAAUGAAAAUGACAGACUGAUGUUAAAUUUAGUUUGAAGUUUCGAGAAUCCUGCCUGAAUCGACACCAAUAUAUAUAAGUACUAGCUGACUCGGCGAACUUCGUACCGCCCAAAAGUAAUAAUUUGCAAUAAAUUAAAAUUGCGACUAUAAUUUGAGAUUUAAACUAUCCUAUCUCUCAAGUUGGAUCGAACUGCACAUGGUGUGCGAAUUUUAUUAUAAUCGGUUCAGUGGUUUAGGAGUCCAUUGAGGACAAAGCCUUACUGGAGUUUGAUUAUUAAAACUGGCCCUAAGUGAUUAUGUGCACGACUGUAUCUACCGGAUAACUGAGUAUAAAUUCAAAGUAAAUAUGUUUAUGAAGCCUUUUUGCUAUACGGGCUCGAUCUAGAUACAUUCUGGGAAAAAAAUUGAGAACCGCUAUCUAAUAUUGUUUAUUUCCUGUUUAUGGAUUCAAAUAACUUUAUGAAAAACUUCAGUUAUUAUUAUUAGAUCCGUUUUGUGUGUUGUUCAUGUUAUCUUUGAUAUUUUCAUCUUUUACCAUGGAUGGCUAUCCCCAUAAAUAUAUUUUGAGCGAUGAACAACGCAAAUUCUAUGAGGACAAUGGCUACCUCGUUAUCAAAGGAUUGAUAGAUAUGUACACCCUCAUAAAACUGAGGAAUAGAUUUCACGAUAUCUGCAACAAUACUGUACCCAGAGGACUAGUGGCUGUUGUCAGAGACAAAGAACUGGUAGAUAAGCAACUCAAGCCUGAAGAUUAUGUUAAUAAGUUGAACUUCUGUAAUUUCGACCCUGUAUUUUCCGAAUACAUUGAUCACCCGCGAUUGGUGCACGUGGUGUCGCAGAUCAUUGGGGAUGGGAUUAGCGUUCAAAACAGCAUGAUGAUCAACAAACCACCCGGCAGCAAGUGGCAUCCGCCGCAUCAGGACGCGUUCUACUUAGGCAUACAGCCAUACGACCGUUUGGUGACCUCGUGGACGGCCAUAGACCCGGUUUCAGCUGACAACGGGUGCAUUUUCGUAGUUCCGGGAUCACACAAGGACAAUAUCCUCCAUAAGGAAGAGUGCUUACCGGGUUUCGUGGACCAACUAUUCUUUACAAUACCGGAUGUGGAGAAAGUGGCUCCGAUGAACAAGAGGGUCAGUGUGGCUCCACUGGAGCCUGGUGACACCAUCUUCUUCAACUCACUACUGGUGCACGGUUCCUAUCCUAACCACUCUAACUGCUACCGAAAAGCUAUCACAAAUAUAUACGCGAGCGACGAAUGCCGUUACUUCGAUGUGAAAGGCACCCCACAGGAAGCCUUCGAGAAAGCGGUCAAUGAUAUGUUGCGAGGGCUGCACGGAUCAGAAAUGGGACACAUGGACCUGCAAGAUUUAACAAAAGGAAGGGCUAGACCAGUGCAUGUUUCAAAAUCUAGUAUAUAAACGAACAUUUUAAAUAAAGAAUGGAUAAAAUUAUUAAAUCAGAAAAAUCUUCGAAAAUAUGAUAUAAUAUUAUUAUUAAGAUUAUUGGUUACAUUUUUAUGUGAAUAUUCUUAGGUAAAUAGUUUUGUUAUAUCCUCAAUACCUCCAACAUUAUAAAAUAUACACAUAAUUGAAGUAUGUAUUUGUAACACUGAAUUAUUUGUUAUUUUAAUUAAUUAAUUAAAAAAAAGUAGUUUUAAUAAUUAUCCUAUAUAUUAAUUUGUUUACGAAUUUUACAAAAUGCUUUGCAAACCGUAAGUACUAAUUUCGUAUAAUAUCCUGUUCCAGUACAUAUACCCACGUUUGUUUGUUUACCGUGAGAAAUGUUAGGCCAUUGUUAAUAACUUCAUUAUUUGAAACUGGUUCAAUGACAAUUAAGUUCAAUUAUAAGAGCGCAGUUCAGCAGAUUCCGGCCUUCGUUAACCUGAACCGGUUUAUUAUUUAUCAAUUAAGGUAGGUACUCCUUGGAUAAACAUUGUUUAAUGAUAAUUAUGUAUCUAGCUUUGGGCCAUAGAAGUAAAUAAUGUUAAGUCGAACAAAAACCAAUGCAAAGUCGAACCAAUAUUCUCUCAAAGCAAUUAAGGUUAUUUUUGUGUUUUGUAAAAAUGAGACUUGUAUCGAUAAUAAGAGAUUUUGCUUGAGAGUCUAUAAUGUAUUAGUAUGAUAAUUUAUUUUGUUAUAACAAUGUAUUUGUUAUAGGCCAUUUGACAAGUUUUAGAAAACGUUCUCACGUUAUUUACUAAUGGAGUCCAUAAAAAAAAAUAUUUUUAAUUCUGUUUUGUAAGUCAGAAAAAAACUUAUUAAAAAAUUUAAUUUUCAAGUUGCCGCGAAAACGUUUCUCUGGAAAUUAUGGCGUCUCACUAGUAUGCGUGUGUGACGACACACGACUAUCAUUAAAACGUCAAACGAUUUUUUUUUUGUUCUGUGGCUGUUUCCGUUUCACACAGAAAUUUCGCCAAUAUCCCGUAGUGAGAGAGACACGGUAAGGGAGAGAUUGCUCGGUAAUUACCAGAUAAAAAAUAAUAUUUUAUCCGAAUAACCCUUCUUCCUUGAGCUUUUAUUAUUGUUCUUCUGAAAGCAUGCACGCAAAGACAACACAGGUUUAUAAUGUAAUGUCACUUUGACUAGCGUGUGACGUCAUAUUAGUCUUGGCCAAUCCCAGGCGUUUUCGAUCACGUGACCGUAGUUCUAUUUAAUAAUUUUAUAGAAAAGUUGUUAAUUAUUUGUUCUUUUAGAAUAGUAAAAUCGCUGCCAAUAUUCUUAUCAAAUACAGAUGCCAACAAUAGGGAUGAUGACUAUUUUUUUUCGUCGUUUAUCAGGUAGAUUAUCAAAAAGUAUUGGACACGAUUUUUUUCUUUUUUCACAUAAUAUAAACACUGCAGAGAUAUAUUGAUUUGAAAAGUCACAUGACGUCACGUUUUUGUACAAUUUUCACUUAAAAGUGACGUCACGAGCCCCUACUCCCAAACUUUGACGCGCUUUGACUUUGUCAUUUUUUGGUUGAUUGCCCAAAGAAAAAUACGUGUCCAUUAUUUUUUGAUCAUCUAACUGACGGACUAAAUAGAUCGUAAUCGUUUAGACUCGAAUAAACUAACGGGUACGGUAAGGUAAGGUAAGGUAAGGUGUAGUUAUACCCCUUUAGUGGGUGAGUUUUUGAAAAAUCUUAGCGCACGCCUAUAUAUAUAUUUCUGGAAAGUUGCAUGUAGAUCAUUUUUCGAAAAAAAUAAGGCCAUAAAGAAGUUUCACUUCUUACGUGUGUACACUAGUACACGCACACAUUUUUUUUUUUCAAUACAAUGUUUCAAUACCUCGUGUUACAAUACUAUACCUGAAAAAAAAUCCAAAUUGUAUUUAAAUUUUACGGUUAGAAAAUAAACAAAGAGUGAUUAUAUUCAAAAUAAUUGUAUUUAUUUAUAUUCAAUGUCAAAUUAAACACAUUAAAAUGUUAAAUAGAAUCACCUUCAUUUGGACGGAUUAGGUUAAACAAAAAUAAAAUUAUACCGCUUUAUAUACAUGGAUUUGGUGUGUUUUUAUACAAUAUAAUAAACUUACUUAAUUACCUAUCUAAGCUACAAAUUUUCGUAAAUUUAAAUGAAAUCUAUGUAAAUGGAAGUAAAUCAUGAUAAUGGCAAAAUAUUCGUUUUAAUCAACCCCCAUUCCGAUUUAAUAUAUUUAUGUAUUAUAUAUAACUAUUAUUUAUUCCAAUAAAAAAUCUUCAAUAUUUUCUGCAAGUACUGUUUUAUAACAAAAGUAAUAAGUGAUAUAUGAAUACUAUAGUUUUAGUACUUAUUUCAAUAUCUAUAUCUCGACACUAAUAAAAUAAUACUAAUAAUAAAUAAUAGCGGAAUACAAGCCAAGUAAAAUACCUUAUUGUCUCGAAUAUUGAAAAUGGGUCGUUUUCUUUGUAAAUUUCGAGUAUUUCAGUACCAUCGCUGACAAUUAUCUACUAAAAUGUUAUAUUUUAUUAAAACAUAAUACUUAUUAGAAAUAAGUUUUUUUAUGUAGAACCUCGAAUGCUACGUCAAGGUAUAAAUAAACAGAGAUGUGACAUUUUAAAAAUAACAGUAUUUGAAAUACGGAAUACCUAUUUCCAUUUUGUAUUUAAAUACUUUUUUUAGAAAAGUAUUCUCUAUUUUAUUUGAAAUAUUCAUUUUAAAUAAGUUUAGUCAACAGCAAUACCAAUUUAAUGCGAUUUUUUCUCACAUGACAUUCAACUUUUUUUUUCGAGCCACUAAGAAUAUAAAAAACACCAGUAAAAUAAUCACAAUUUAUAACCAAAGGUAUUUUAUUCUAUUAAAGUAUUUUGUAUUUAGUAUUUUACAUAUAAAAAGAAAAACUAUUUUGUAUUUGAAAUAAAAAAAUAUCAAGGUAUUUACAUUUUGUAAUUAAAUACUUUUUAUAAUGUAUUUUGCACAUCUCUGUUAAUUAGUACCUACUUAAUAUUUUCUUAAAACCUUUUUUAUGUUUAUCAGCUUGACAAACACAUACUUAUAAUAAAUCAUUUAUCGUCAUCAUCAUAAAGUUAAAAUAAUAUCUAAACAGAAUACUUAUUACAAUCUCUUUCACAUAUAAUGUAGAUAAACAUAGUUUAUUGUACAAUUUCUAUAUUUUGUUAUCGAUUCCUUUUAUCAAUAUUAAAUAUAAAAUUACAAAUAAUAAAUAUUUAUAGUACCCAUAGAUAAAAUUACAUAAAACAAAAGAAGUCUUAUUAGAGUUACCUACAUGUGCUGACUCGAUUUUCGAGAGUCUUUGCUUCAAAAUUUAUUGUAACUUGAACAUUGAGCAAAUGGAUCUCAAUUCUAUAACAACUAGCUCUCAAAUAAUGGAUAAGGUAUUAAAAAAUAGUGGGUAUAACGAAAAUAAUGAGCAUUUUGGUAUUGGGAAAAAAAAUACUGGUUAUUCUAAAAACUAACUUUGUUUUCAGGCUUACAUGACCCCAUAUUUUUUUCAAUACUUUAAGUACUUAUAAAAAAAUAAUCCAUAAUGAUUUGUAAGAAGUAAAGAAAAGGUCGUAAACAAGGUAUUACCUUAUAAUCCUAACUUAGGUGACAGAAAAUAAAUGUUAAGUUUAAAAUUAGUACCCAUUAAUGAACUUAAACUAAGUACCAUACCUAAGAUUUUGUUCAUUCGACAGAGAAUUAUAAAAAAAAAUUAAAUACAGAAUAUUUUUGUACAGUUGGCCUUCGCUCCUGCGAUAAUUGCUGGCCAUAUUAGAUCAUAAAGAUCUAUUAUUUCUAUAUAAUUUAUCAAGUCAUAUAAUUAUUGCUAUUGUUUAUUGAAUUAUUAAAUCUAAACCUAACACAAAUGUGCAAUACAUUUAAGUAAAAUAUAAACCUAUUUACAUCGAUAGUGUGUAGUGUAAAUUAUUUAAUAUUAUUAAUUAAUCGUGAAAAUAAUAACUUAUUUUAAAACUGUGACACGAGACUAGAUCUGUUUGGAAAUAAUAAAACUAAAAAAACGUACAUUAUGAUUAUAAUGUUACUGCGUAAUGUGUCUGCUCUUAUGAAAUAAUAAUUGUUCGGUGCUCAAAAAUAAUCAUAAUUAAUUAACUUGGUAACUUAUUUUUUUUAAUAAUAAUUUACUCUGCGUAGUCUCCAUCAAAAAUCUGUAAUAAAAAAAGGAAAAAACAUUAGGUUACUAUAAACCGAUAAUUGAAAUCGAUUCGAACAUCCCGUUUAAAGAAAUAAGGAUUCUAAUAUGCGAAUGUUUUUAUUUAAUUUAAGGACUUUUACACCGAGUACUCCAGUUCCAUUAUGCCCUAAACUUAUUACACCAAACCGAGUGGUUUUAAUCAAAUUAAAAUGUAAAUAUUUUUUGAUUAUACCCGAAAUAAUAUUUGAUUAUUAAUCAUCUUUUGGCACAUUAAAUAAAUGCCUAAAUAUUAAACAUUUUAAUUAUUGCAACACAUUGAAUAAAGCAAGUUAGGACGAUCAAGCACAUUUUUAGAUCUCUCUUGCUCAUUAUUAACAAACACCUCAUUAUACUUGCUCUUAGCUACAUGGCAUUUGUGCUUGCCAAAUUUCAUAUCUACAAAUAUGUUAAAUGCCGCCUAAAAUAAGGGUAUCUUUUAGGAAUAUUGACUUUUAAUUUAAUUUGUUCACUGCUCCAAAAGGGAUUGAACAACUGAAUGUUUCAUAUUAAUUUAAACAGGAUAAUAUUUGAAAAUGGAUGUCGUCUCGACUCUACAGUCGGGCAUAGACAAAGUCGCCCACCUUAUAAGAAUUUAGUUAUUUGCUCUCAAAGUACGGAACCCCAGGGCGAUAGUUAUAAUCAGUAUGUGAAAAAAAAACAAAUUAUUGAAUGCUAAGUUAACCUGCAUUAAGUUAAGUUAAGUUUCCUUUACUACUGACUAAAAAAACAUACAAAUAAGCCUUGCGCGGUUGGCAGACCAUCAGAGGUGCAAUACCCAGUCAGAUGAAAUACAUUAUUUUAAUUUAUUCUCCUUGCGCAGAGAUUUAACUCCAAUAAAAGCGUACGGGUCAAGUGUCCAAAAAUGUUUUAGUAAAAUCCAGUUAAGUGUGUGCAAGAAUAAUUUUGUUAAUAAUGCCAUUCGUUCUAAUUACAUUUUAGUAAGUUAAAACUACAAGCCAAGUGCAAAUUAAAUAAUUGAAAGCAAGCAAUGUUUGAAAGUCCCUUACAAAAUGCUCAUUAUGUAAGCCAUGAAAAUUUCGUUUGCAAAUACAUGCAACUUGAUUUGCCCUCGUUUCAUAAAAAAAAUUGUUUAAUUGCUUUUAGAUAUAAAUAGUUACAUUUGGUAUAACUUUCAUUUGCAAUUUGUAUAACAAUAUCUUGUUGCAUGAAAUUGUAAAAGAAAAUUUCACUCUACAAACUAAGUUAAGACUAACUACAUACAUUCAAGUACAUAUUCAGAUAAUAUUUAAUGCUACAUUAAUCGGAAUCAGAUAAUAAUUAUUAUGUCACCAUAAUAUAAAAAGCACUUUAAUCGCAAGCUAGUAACAUGGCAAAACUCCUUUCAGCGCAGUGAAAGAGACAGAGAUAUAACGCUAUCCCAUUUCAACAAGCUGACUGGCUUACUUUUGCAUCGGGUUAACAAUAACUCGAACAUGCAAAAUUUAAAAUCAUUCAAUUUUAUGUUUAGUGCAAAAUUAGCUAAUUAAAUAUAUGUUUGUUACGAAUAUCUUGUCAUUACCACAAUUACUUAAUCCUGAGAACCCUCUACACUAUAGUUAAAAUUUAAUUAAAUAAAAAAUACUCUAAUAGAAUAGUCGAACUGGCGAUUUGCUAAUAUAUCUAUUAAUUCUAAAGCUUUUUCCAAAUUAUAUAACUCUUAUAGUAAUAGCAACGUUUCAACGUUAUUUCUCGUAAAAUGUCUCUUAUUGCAGAGACAUUAAGUUCAUAACAUAGGUGAUGGAUCAUGUUUAUUAAAUUAAUUAAAUAAAAAUUCUCUUUAUUAUCAAUAUAACCUGGACAUCUUCAAGGCCAGAGUGAACAGGCAUCUUCUAGGCAAGCGUGUACCAUCCUAGGCCUCAUCAUCGCUUUCCAUCAGGUGAGAUUGUGGUCAAACGCAUUGCGUAUUUUGCAUAAAAAAAAAAGUAGAAAAAAACUGAAAACGUUAAAAAAGAUAAUAUAUAGUUAAAUAAACGCUCUGUGGUUUUAUAUUCUAGCAUUUUAAAUUAGCACCUUGAAGUCAAUUUUAUUAACGAAUUAUGGCUUACAUACCUAAGGUCAUUUUAAUCUAUGAUAUUAUUCACAUAAAAAAAAUAUAAUGAACCACAAUACACCGCAUAUUAUUCUAACUACUGCUACAUUGUGCUUUAAAACAUAACACAAAAUGGUUCUUCUGUCUUUCCCAUGACCUGUAAAAAUUGUAGCUCGUAGCAAAUCAUACGCUAAAGGGUUAAUACCUACAAAUAACUUAGUUUAAAAAGCAUAAUAUGUUAAUUGUGAUAUAAUUUUCCAUUUAAUUAACAUGUACACUCCGGGACAACAAAAUCGAACCACUACGGGUAACACGUUUUUGAAAUGUAGGUAAUCUAAGAGAGCACUCUGAAUUACGUAUAUAAUCAUAUAAUCAUCAUAAUCAUACUCCACUUUCGUAAAUACAAUAAAGUUUAAGUCAGGCUGACUGCAAUUAAGCAACUCUUAUCAUCUCUUAAGAUAAUGUCAUUGUUACAUUACAAGAGUGGUCCGAUUUUUAUGUCCCAAGGUGUAUCAUUAUUUUUUCCUGUUUAAUUUAAUUCUUUUGGUCCACCUAGUAAUAUUUUAUUUUAAAUUCAGUGGGUGGGAGACCCACUUACUUGUCCAUAUUAUUUUUACUGUCACUUGAGUUGGUAUCCCUUGUCCCUAUUAUUUUUAUUUUCAAUUUUGUUGGUCCCUCUUGACCCUAUUACUAUUAUUUCCAUUUUGUUGAUCCCACUUGUUCCUAUUAUUUUUAUUUUCUUUAAUCCCUCUUGUCCCUUUUAUUACUAUUAUUUCCAUUCAGUUGAUCCCACUUGUCCCUAUUAUUUUUAUUACCAAUUUCGUUGAUCCCUCUUGUCCCUAUACUAGCAUUUCCAUUCUAUUGGUCCCCUUUGUCCUUGCCUCUAUAGUCGACGUAGACCCUGACUACUUCAGCUUCCUGUUUCCUUUGCCACGCCAUAAAGUAGACGUCGGGCUGCGUGCCCUUUUUAAAUUUUAAGUAUUACACUAAAAUAUUUUUAAGAUGUAAGUAAACUUUACUAGAAACAAUAUUUGCUUUUGAGUAAAUUCAUGAUGCGAACAAUGAGCAAUAAGACAUCUUCCCUUAAGAUAAUGUUAUUGUUACGAUAAGACUGGUCUGAUUGUUAUGUUUCAAAUCGUUUGUUUUUUCGUUUCUGUAGUGUAUUAUUAUUAUUAUUUUCAAUUCUGUUAUUCCCUCUUGUCCCUAUUACUAUUAUUUCCAUUCUGUUGGUCCCCCUUGUCCUUGUCCCUAUAGUCGACGUAGACCCUGACUACUUCACCUUCGUAUUUUCGCUGCGACGGCAUGAAGUAAAAGUCUGGCUGCGCGGGUUGAUCGCCUCGUCGCGGAAGCGAGUACGCGGCGCGAUCGCCUCUAGCAGAAUACAUUGGCCUGUAGGACGCUGCAGUGACCUAGUAUGGUUAUAGUACUGCGGGGGCGGGUUGUGUCUUGGUGUUGAGCGUCCGUUGGUGUUGUUCCCGUUGGCCGCCAUCUUGUGUCCGACCGGCGCCAUCUUGUGGCCGUUGGUGGGCGUCU